AUGUCUAACUUACAAAGAACUUUCAAUCCUAAAUACUCACAUUAUUUAGGGGACGGAAGUGGUAGAGAUACUUAUGUAAUUAAAAACAAUGGUGGGCUUUGCAUUGAGGCUGAGAGGGCUAAAAAGGAAUCACCUGCAUUCAAGUAUAUAUCAGAUGGAAGUGGAAGAGAUUCCUAUGUGUUAAUUAAUUCUGGUGGAUUGCAUAGUCCCUCUGUAUAUGGUGCUCAUAAAAAUGUUUUCCAAAACACUCUCAGGAAUAGUCCUAAGUCCUUUGUUUCCCAUACUCACACACAAUAAACUAGAGAGACAGUAUUCCAGCAGAAAGAUCAAGCUCAACGAUUAUCAACUCCAAAAUUUGUAAUUGAUAAAAGGAUAAUGAAGAAUCCUAGCAUUAAUCGACUAGAAAUGAAAGCAGCAAUUAUCAAACAUAGCCAAUAAUAAGGAAUUUAUCAAAGAAUAGUUAAUUAUCACGCAAGCAGGAUGAUUAAAAAUAAUUGA